AUGAGGGUCUUCCCUCAUUACGCCCUUCCACCGCUCACCACCCCACUUAUUCCUCCACCCACCCCUUUACUUACCAUCCCCAUUCGCUCAGCACCAAUUGCCCUCCCCCUCACCCAUAUGCCCACUACUUUCCCUUUGUUUCCCCUCCCCUUUCCCACUACUUUCUCUUUGUUUCUCUUUAACCAUCCGCAUACCAGGUCCCUUCCCCUUUCCCCCUUCGCAUGCUACCUGUGCACUCUUCCUCUGCACCCUUGUGCGUUUCUCCCACCCCUCUGCUAUUUUUCCACCCCUGUGCCAGCCACCACCACAGGCCCUUCCUGUCUCCUCAACAGCAACAACCCUGCCCCGUCACCCCCGCUUUCACAACAUAGAGCCUUUCCCGUGUCCCCUUCCUCAUUUUUUCUCCUCUCUGCUCUUCUCCUCCCACCCUUGUUGCUGCCACCACAGGCUCUUCCUGUCUCCUCGACAGCAGCCAACCCCCCCCCUCACCCGCACCCUCACUUCAUGGAACCCACCCCCUUCCUCACCUCCACCCCCUCCUUCCGCUCUGUCGCUGCUCUCGGUACCCUCCCUCCCCCCUCCUCCUCCUCGCCUCUCUCCCCCUCCCAAACCUCCCUGGCCCGCCGUCGAACCCCUUCUUCCCUCGGGAACAUCUCGGAGGAGGAGGCUCGGGAGGAGAGGCUCGGCGCGCCGAGCCUGACGGGCAGGGGCGGCAAGCGUGGCGGGCCGAUAGGGGUGUUUAGCAUCGAAGGGGAGGAGGCAGAGGAGCGUGGAAAGGCUGGGAGUGUUGCUGCUGAUAAUGCCGCUGCUGUUGCUGCGGCUGCUGCUGCCGCUGCUACUAAUGGUUCUGUGUGUAAUGGUGGGAUGGAAGGAAGGGUAGCAGGAGAGAGUGGGUGUGUGGAAGGAACAGGGAAGAUUGCUGGAGGAGAGAGGGGCGGAGGUGGGGGAAGGGAAGCAGAGAGGGGGGAAGGACGGGGGAAGGUUCAGUGGGUGGGAUCGUCUGGUGGUGGGCUAGUGGGGAAAGACGAAAGGGGGAGGGGAGAGGUGGGAGAGGGGGAGGGAAAAAGGGAGGAAGAGGAGGAGGAGGAUGAGGAGGAGGGGAUGAGCACUGUAAGCAUGUCAGUGCUGGCAGGGACUAUAGACGGUAGAGAGUCUGUUAUUGACGAGGAUGAGGAGGAGGGGGAGGUGGGGAGCGCAGUGGGGGACGGGGGAGGCGAGGACGAGUGGGAGAUGGGCCCUGCAGGUGCCAUGUGUGGGGAGGACGACCUGGGGGAGGUGGUAUCUGGGACAGGGAAGACUGGGUCUACUAUCGAAAAUGGGGAGGUUUUUAGUGGGAGAGGAGGGGCGGAAAGGCGAGGAGUGCGGGGAGUGGGAGGAGCAGGAGGAGCAGGGGGAACAGGGGAGGCAACAGGAAGAGCAGGAGCAGGGGGGCCAGCAGUGGUGCAGCUGCGGUUUGAGAGUGAGGAGCAGCUGAGAGUGGCAGCAGUGGUGGUGCGCGAACUGAUGAGCAAGAUUCAGCGGUGCCUCGAAUCAUCACCACCAGCUCUUCAAUCGCCCCUCUCCGCUCGUCGAUCCACAGUGCCCAUGCGUCAGCACAAGUCUGAGGACUCCGAUCCAGCAACAGCCACCCACCAGCUCAACCCCAACCACGAGCACCCACCCCACCUUCCACACCACCACCUGCACUUGCCCCACCACCCCCCCGCCUCUCCCUCUCACGCACCCUCCACCGACCUCUUUGCAGCUGCAACCUCCCCAGGCUGGGCAGGUGCAACCUCCCCCAGAUGGCACCUGGCCUAUCUCGCCCUUGCUGUUGCCUGCCCUCUGGUUGCCAGCGCUGUUGCGCUUCGGCUAUACCGCCGCCGAGCCGCAGUGGGAGGCUCGGGGAGCUUGGGCUUGGCUCGGCUGGCGUCAGCUCUGGGAAAACUGUAG